CUUGACAGCAACUGACGAUGGGACGCGGAAAGAAGAAUGGCACGAGCUUGGGGAAGACCCUCAUGAAGACGGGUGCGAAGCCUGUGAAGAAGGAGAUCCAGUCCAGUGCGGGUAAACACGUGGCAGUUGCCGACGGAGGUGACGCGACGGCGCAGUUGGCGUCCUACUUGGAAGGCUCGUCUCUCGACGAUUUCUUGGCCAACGCAACGUUGGCAAACCGCGAAUUUGUAGCGGAAAAGGAGCGCAUUGUCGUGCUGGAAUCCCACGGCGGCCCCACGCUCGCGACCGCGGAUCUGGCCACGCUGCCGUCGAUGGAUUUCGCGGAAAUGAAGGUGCCGCGUCGGCCCAAGUGGGACGCGACCACCACGGCCGCCGAGCUCAACUUGCACGAACGCGAAAGUUUCCUCAGCUGGCGCCGCGACAUUGCACUCUUGGAAGCAGCCGCCGAGGCGCGCGAAGUCACCCCGUUCGAAAAGAACUUGGAAGUGUGGCGUCAGUUGUGGCGCGUGAUCGAGCGCAGUGAUAUUGUCGUGCAAAUUGUGGAUGCCCGCAACCCCCUCUUUUACCGGUCCAUGGACUUGGAACGGUAUGUCAAGGAAGUGGACGAGAACAAGCAAGUGAUGCUAAUCGUCAACAAGUCGGACUUUCUGACCCCCGCCCAACGCGUGGCGUGGGCCGACUACUUUAAGGACCAAGCCGUCGACUUUGUGUUUUUCUCGGCGAAAGAAGCGCAAGAGUUGCUGGACGCAGAGUAUAAACAGGCGAACGUUGCGCUAGGAUCAUCGUCCGACGACGAAGAAGACGAAGAAGACAGUGAAGAAGAAGUGGAGGGGGGCGAAGUGGAGGAGGUCGUGGCUGUGCCAAACGCGCCCGUGGCUGCGCUCGAGCGAGAAGACUGCAAGGUGCUGACCCGCGAAGACCUGCUAGAGUACAUGGAGACCCGCGCCAAGGCCGUGUUUGCCAAGGUGGGGCUGCGAUCUGAAGACCGGGGACUGGUCAAGUUUGGGAUGGUGGGCUUCCCCAACGUCGGCAAGAGCUCGGCCAUUAACGCCCUUCUGGGCGCAUCUAACUUUGCACACCACGCGCAGCGCGUGGCCGUGGGGGCCACUCCAGGCAAAACCAAGCACUUUCAGACGCUUGCGUUGUCGGAUACGAUCAUGCUGUGUGAUUGCCCUGGGCUGGUCUUUCCGAGCUUUGUCAACUCUAAGGCGGAGAUGCUUUGCUGCGGCGUCCUGCCCAUCGCCCAACUCCGCGACCACGUUCCGCCGUGUGAACUCGUGGCCCGCCGCAUCCCCCGCGUGGUGUUUGAAAAAACGUAUGGCAUCAAAGUACCCGUGCCCAACACGGGCAAAUACAACGACCCUGUCAACGUAUACUCGGUGUUGGAAGUGUAUGCCCGCGCCCGCGGGUUCACCACUACCGGCAAGAGUGGACCUGACACGUCGCGGGCGGCGCGCGUGCUCCUUCGCGACUACGUGAUGGGCAAGCUGCUGUACUGCCACCCGCCGCCGACGGUUGACGUGGCGGACGCGGCGUUCAACCCGCUGGAACUGGCCAAAGAUUUCAUCGGCGGCGCCGCCGAGGUGCUGUUGGCGCACGAAGAUGAAGAAGGCAAGCCGACGGGGUUCGACCUGGCCGGGGCCGAAAGCAAGCGCGUGCUGAGUAAAAGGUGCGGACUAAAUAGAGGAUAGUAGUUGACCAGUGGCGGGUAGAUUGAAGCGGCACGGGAAGAAGGGCCGCAAAGGUCGGGAUAAAAACCCAUACGAAGACAUGGACAACGCCGCCAACGCCGUGACGGCCCACGUGUCUCGGGGCAAGAAGAUCGACAGGAGGGAGAAGGCGUUCACGCGGGUCACGCUGCCCCACCAUGUCACGUACAAUCCCACCACGGCGCAAUGAGUAAUAAGUAUCAUACCACUUCCGAUUGUGUUAUUGGACUAAUAAUUAAUAACCAAGUAACGCUAUCAUAACUGG